AGGACGGGCUGGGUGUCACUGAUGCUCUCAAGUUAAUCACAAUGAAAGAUGUUGUCUACUGGGUGUCAGAAGCUUGGGAUAACGUUAGGGAGGACACUAUAAGAAGGUCAUGGCGCAAACUUUUCGGAAUUGAAAAGGCAAGCCGCCAAGAGACAGCUGCUCCUGAAAACCAGCCAAGAGCAUGUCCUCCUGAAAAUGAAGAGCUUGUGAAUCUUUGUAACCACCUUCCAGUGGCUGAGCCCAUCAGUGCAGAGGACAUCAGUGAAUGGAUCAAUGGAGAUGAGGAUCAGGCCCUAACUGAUGACGUGAUUAUCCAGAUGCUCAACCAACCAGAAGAUGAUGACAACGAUGAACCUGAUGGGGCGAACUGA